GCAGUGGGGGCCAAGCUGCGGAGCUGAGGAUGGCUGCGCGCCGCCAGCCGCUACUGGUCUGAGAGCCCUGGAGCCCUGGAGCCCUGGAGCCCCGACCCCCGAAGAACUCGGCACCGAGUUGCAGGCGGACCUCCAGAGCCCGAAGAGCUCGGGAGGCCGGGAGCGUGAAGUCCGCCCGCUGCCUGGCGCUCUUCCUCCAGGAGGAUGUCAAGAGACCAAGGCAGCGGGGAGGAUCAUCUUUCAAACGGAAAUGUUAUAGCCUCAACCCAAACCAAAGAAGGUCUGAACCUUGUGUUGAUAAGUGGCGAUGUAAUAUAUCUCAGGGCUGAUGUCAUUGUCAACACUGUUCCCAUGAAUCUUCAGCUUGGAGGAGGACCACUGUCUCAGGCUCUUUUGCAGAAAGCUGGUCCAAUGCUCCAGAAGGAGUUAAAUGCCACCAGGCAGGGAGCAGAGGAGGAAGUGGGGAGCAUAUUCAUGACAAGUGGCUGUGACCUGGACUGCAAAGCUGUGCUCCAUGUUGUGGCUCCAGGCUGGGAUAAUGGAGCAGGGUCUUCUCGGCAGAUUAUGGCAAAUAUAAUCAAGAAAUGUUUGAUGAAUAUAGAACAGCUAUCUCUCUCAUCAAUCACAUUUCCCAUGAUUGGAACAGGAAACUUGAAGUUUCCCAAAGCUGUUUUUGCUGAACUAAUCCUUUCAGAAGUGUUCAAAUUUAGCAGCAGUGAGUGGCUGAAAACCUUACAAGAAGUUCAGUUUCUGGUACAUCCAGAUGAUGAUGAAAGCUGUCAGUUGUUUUUAGAUGAAUUCACUAGACGGUCGAGCAGAAAUCCCAAGGAGAGCAUUCUCAUGGCUGGAGAUACCCAAGGUAUCUUCGGGACUGUCUCUAACCCUGAGUUUGAAACAUAUGAAAUGCAAAUUGGUGCGAUUACUUUCCAGGUUGCUCCUGGAGAUAUCACCAAAGAAAAAACAGAUGUUAUUGUAAACUCAACAGAUAGGACAUUUAAUCUGAAAUCAGGGGUGUCAAAAGCAAUUUUAGAAGGUGCUGGACAAGCUGUGGAAAACGAAUGUGCUGAACUAGCUACACGUCCUCACAGAGAUUUUAUAGUUACACGAGGUGGAUACCUAAUGUGCAAGAUAAUAAUGCAUGUUCUUGGGGAUAAUGAUGUGAGGAAAACAGUCUCCAGUGUUCUAGAAGAGUGUGAACAGAGGAAGUACACAUCUGUUUCCCUUCCAGCCAUCGGAACAGGAAAUGGUAGAAAAAAACCUAUCAUGGUUGCUGAUGACAUAAUCAACGCUACUGCAGACUUUGCAUGGAAACAUUCCACCCCGUCAUUAAAAACCGUUAAAGUUGUCAUCUUUUCAUUUGAGCUACUAAAGGUAUUCCAUGACAGCAUGAGAAAAAGAGAAAUCUCCACGUCACCUACCGUUCUGUCCAUAGUCUCCAAGGCUGCAUAUGAUAUUCCUGUACACUGGACUGACAUGAAUCAGCAGCGGUUCUGUAUGAUCCAGCUACAACCUGGAGAGUCAGAAUAUGACACUGUGAAGGACAAGUUCUCUCAGACUUGUUCUUCCUACAAAAUAGUGAAGAUUGAGAGGAUACAGAACAUAUUUCUCUGGCAAAGCUACCAGAUAAAGAAAAACCACAUGGACACCAAGAAUGGCCAUAAAGAUAAUGAGAGACUCCUCUUCCAUGGGACAGAUGUAGACACAGUGCCACAUAUCAAUCAGCAUGGCUUUAAUCGCAGUUAUGCUGGGAUGAAUGCUGCAGUCUAUGGAAACGGAACCUAUUUUGCUGUUGAUGCCAGUUAUUCUGCUAAUGAUAAAUACUCCAGACCAGACAGCAGUGGAAGAAAGCAUAUUUAUGUUGUGCGAGUACUUACAGGAGUCUACACACGUGGACAUGCAGGAAUAAUUACUCCUCCAUCAAAGAACCCUGAUGAUACCACAGAUCUUUAUGACUCUGUCGUAGAUGAUAGACAACAUCCAAAGCUAUUUGUGGUAUUCUCUGAUAAUCAUGCUUACCCAGAAUAUCUCAUAACUUUCACAUGUUAAAAAAUAGCUUUUUUUCUUUAUCUCAAAGAGCUGAUUCAGUCAUCCAUUUAUAAGAACUAUUUAUAGAGUUUUUGUCUUUGCCUUUGACUUGUUUACAUAGAUAAAAAUCUCCCUGUUAGGUGCUUAAAUGUUGAAAAAAGCCUUUUAAAAAAUGCUCUAGUGCAAUUUGUAGCAUUCUUCUCUUCUGAGCGUAUUGACGGAUGGAAGCUGAGAAAUGUAAAUGACACAAUUAUAGCUACAACUAUCCACAGACACCAAAUCUAUAGGAGUACAAAGAGCAUAUUACUUUUUUCUACUGGAAAAGAAAUAAGAUGAAUCACUUUAAAGCCAAGAUGUUCUUAUUCUUAUUGGAACAUGUUAAGACAUCUAACUGUGUUGAACUAAACCAUACUUCUCAAUUAAUAGGUUGCUAUUGUGCAUUUUUAAUAGGUAGGGAUUUUACCUCCUUAGGAAACACUUAUUAGUAACAGCUCAGCUAGAAUGACUGAAUCAAAGAAUAUUCCCUCAAAUCUGUUGUGGGACAAAUCAGGUAAAAAUGUGUUGUAUUGUUACCUAAUGUUAUACAACAAAUUACUGCAAAACUUAGAGGUUUUGAGGGUAAGGAACUCAGGCACAGCUUAGCUGUGUGGUUCUAACUUAGGAUCUGUUGUAAAGUUGCAUUCAAGAUGUCGGCAGGGGAUGCAGUCAUCUGAAGGCUUGAAUGGGGCUGGAGGAUCUGCUUCCAAGGUGAAUCACUCAAUAGCUGGCAAGUUUUUGCUGGUUGUUGUCAGGAGUCCUCAGUUCCUCUCCACAUGGACCUCUCCACAGGCUGCUUGAGUGUCCUCAUGACAUGGCAGCUGGCUUACUCCAUAGAGAGCAAUUCAGGAGAAAGAGAAGCAGAAGAUGUCUUUUAUGAUCUAGCCUCUGAAGUCAUACUCCAUAUUUUCCACAAUAUCCUAUUGGUUACAUGGAUCAGCUCAUUCAAUGUGGGAGGGAAUUAUUACAAAGGCAUGGAUACCAGUAAGCAAGGAGCAUUGGGAACAAUCUUGAAGGCCAUAUGAAUGAGUGCAUGAAGGAUGAAUUGAAAAAAAUGUUAGCAGUGAAAAGGAAGCUAGAGGUCAUCUAGUUGCACUGUUGCUUCUUCCUUCUUACCCCAUCUUCCCCCACUCCUAGGGCAAAAAGCCCUCCAGCCUCUGCUGGACCACUUCCAGAACUCAACAUCUUGAGGGAAGCUGUUCCAUUGUGGGACAGCUCUAAUUAUUGGAAAACUCUUUUGUAAACUCUUGGGUUUACCUUGAGUUGAAAGCUGUUUUUCUCUAUCUCCUGCUGAUCACUGUCCUACCUUCUGGAGGAGACAGAACAUAUCUCAUUCCUUUUACAUAUGGUGGCCCUUCAGAGUCAUCUCUUCCCUCUAUUAAAUUACAGUCAGGUAAAUUCUUAAACUAUUUAGCAGCGUAUUUAUCCUGAAGCAUCACUUUUCAAGAGUUACAGAUAUUUAAGAAGUGUUUACAUUAUCAUAAAUUACAUGCAUAGUAAAAAGAGUAUAGAAAAGUAUAAAGGAAAUAAUCCUCUCUCACCAUAUUCCAUCACCCAUAAUUGCAACACUCAGACGAAAUCACCGCCAAUGUUCUUGUAUAAUCCCUCCUAGUUUCUUUCACCACCUACUUUCAAAAAAGUCAAAAUCAAAAUUUCUUCAAUUGCUAAUUACACAAUAUUUUAUCUACCAUUUUUCAUUUAGCAUUACAAGUAUUUGCCUCAUCUUACUAAUUUUUUCUGUAAACAUAAUCUGAAUGGCUGAGUUAUUGCCCUAUAUAUCCUCCUCUUUUUAUGUGUAUAUAAUAAUAAAGCUUGUGAAAAUGUCGUCA